AUGGGCACUUCCGGUGGGAGUUUCCUACGCCUAGCAGAGCCAAUCCGUGGCGUGGAGUCCCUGCGCGUCGGUCUCGCACAUCAGUCCUCUGACUACAUUUCCCAGGCUGCACCGAGAGCGUCCCUGUUUAAACAGGCCAAUCGGCGGCCGGCGGAGCCCGGCGCCGCGUUUAAACCCGUGCCGGAGACCCAGCUGGAUUUUACGCCCUCCCGGUCAGAGCGAAGUCUGGAAGGAGGAGACGGCCGCGACGUGCCUUCGGCCAACCAGAGGGGAGAGGUAAAGAUGGAUGCUGGUAGUAAGAAGGAAGACUUUUUUCUUUUGGAAGAUGAAAAAUUUGACUUCGAUCUUUCCUUGUCUUCUUCAAGCACAAAUGAAGAUGACGAAGUCUUUUUUGGGCCUGUUGGACAUAAAGAAAGAUGCAUUGCUGCCAGUUUGGACUUAAACCACCAGGUUCCUGGGCAGCCUCUUGCCCCCGGCUCUAGCAGCCUUUGCACCUGGAGCCCUCUCACUGGGGAGAAGUUUGUGGAGGUGUACAAAGAAGCCCACUUACUGGCCUUACAGAUAGAAAGUCACAGCCGAAGAGAGGUGGCCCAGGCUGCCAAGCCCCAAAAUCCUGUGAACCAGGGCAAGGAAACGUUUGUGCAGGACUCACAGUUAAAAGUAAACCUCUUUGAGCAAGAACAGAAGAGAGACAAAAGUCCCAUGUCACUUAAAAGAGAGACAUUCUGCCUGCCAUCCCCGAGGGUGCAACCGCUCAUGGGGGAGCCCCAGCUCCUGGCUUCCCCAGGCCUGCUCAGCUCCCCUGUCCCAGCAGGCCCUGCUCAGACCCAGAGCAACCAGGGUCUGCCCUGUUCCUCUCAGCCAUUGCCAAGAGAAUCAAGUACCUCCCAGCCUCCAAGUCAGGCUGGGCCUCAAAAGAGGAUCACCAGCAAGCUCCAGCCGCCCCGGGCUUUGCCCGUGAGAGGAAGAAACCUUCACCUGGCUACAGAGAAGCUCAAAAAAGAGGUGCCAGCUAACCUUCAGAGGACAAAACUUGUGACUGAAAAGGGAUCCCAGGGUCACGUGCUCCAGGACAAACCCAGCAUGGCUCCGGAUGCUGCCUGUCAAGAGGGCCACCCAGGCAAGCGGUCACUUCCCAUUCCUGGCAAGUUGGGGCUAAAGAAGACCCUGUUAAAGCCACCUGGCUAUACCGGAAAUUUCACAAGGAAGUCCUCUACCUCAGGGUCUGCUCCAAGCCUCGAGUCUGGUGUCUGCGGGUCUUCAGGAGCAAGCAAAGCAAAGUCCAGUGAGCAACGUUCAAGUAUUCCUGCUAGCGGCUCCCAGCGCCGGUCAAGCACCAGCAAGUUAGGCAGAAUGGGACCUGCCGCGUCACGCCAGGCUUUGCCAGCAGCCCCUGCCAGGGCGUUUGGCAGACAAGCCAAAAAGGCUGAUGCUGCCCAGACAGUGGCUGAGCAGCCCAAGGUCCCCACCCCGAGUCCUCUCACCCAACAACCCCAGACUCCAGAGCAGAGAGGACCAAGGCUGGACCCCGACAUGGAGACACCUCAGUUGAAUAAAACUGUCAGCAUAAAACGACAGGACUCCUACCUGAGCUGCAAGACAGAGGCCAUGUCUGCCACAACAAACCCAUUUAAAGUGCCUCAGUUUUCCGUUGGUGAAUCACCUGGAGGAGUAACCCCGAAGUUGUCACGGACACAUCGGCUGCAGUCCUGGACACCAGCGAGCAGGGUGGUCAGCAGCACUCCUGUGAGACGCUCAUCAGGGCCCACUCCACAAGGCCUGCCCGGCAGUAUGAGGACCCCUUUGAGCACAAGACGGAUGUCAGUGUUGCCCACACCUGCUAGUCGGCGUCUCUCCGGCCUUCCAUUGAUGGCACCUCAGUCCAUGCCCAGGGCUCUGGUGUCCCCACUGUGUGUGCCUGCCCGGCGACUCUCUUCUGAGCCCAGGAGAAGAUCUACAGUCAGAACGGAGCUGUCGCAGGAGAGCAGCAGCAGUGGCAGUGGUGGGCAGGCCCAGGGCCUGUCCUCAGAUGACAGCUCUUCCCCUCCAUCCUCCGUGCCUCAAGCACUUAACUUCUCUCCAGAGAAGAGUGACUCUCCUCCUCCCCAAGGCUCUUCCACAGGAGCCGCUCAGGGUGAAGCAGAGCCUCCUGAAGACACGCCGCCCAGUGAGGUGCGUGGAGGUGGUUGUAGUCACACGCCAUCUGAGGGUCUUCUCCUGGACCUCAAGCUGGACCAGCUCACCGUCACCCCUGAAGCAGGAGGCAGAGACCUGGCCGACUGCCCUCUCAUCGACUUCAGCAACACCCCUGAGUCGAACACGGCCUUGGGGCCUAGCAGCUGGCCCCUGAUUGACCUCAUAAUGAACACUCCAGACAUGGGUAGAAAUGACGUGGGGAAGCCUGCAAAGGCUGAGCUCGGCCAGCUGAUCGACCUGGGCUCCCCACUGAUCCAACUGAGCCCUGAGGCUGACAAAGAGAAUGUGGACUCACCACUUCUCAAGUUCUGAGCAGAGCACAGCCCUCUGCUGUUUAUUCUGUUUCCUUCUGAUGUGGCCUUAGACCCGGAGAAACAAAUUUUAGAAGGAA